AUGUCUAUUGGCGCGACUGUAAGGAAAGAGCAAAACACUCAAGUUGACGCACAAACCGCACCUGCCAGUUCCACAGCCCAAAAGCAGAGCACCAAAGAUGUUGCGGAAACCCAAACUUCCCAGCAAGAGAAGGUCGAAGGGCUCGCGCCCUCCACACCACGUCUCGACGAACGCCUUGGUGUAGAGAACAUGAAUAAAGCCAAAGAAUUGAGCACAUUCACUAAACUGCUGACCUAUGAGCUCAAGAAGAUUUACGGUCACCAACGCUUUCUCAAAAGAAUCUUGGGAGGCCCGUAUAGAGUGCGAGAAAGUCUUAACACGUCUCCAGGCGGGCAUGUGAACAUCCCUCGGACAGAGUUCCGUGAGGACAAGCUCUAUGUCGGCUCGCGACCAAUACCGAACAUAUGGUUGCGGGAUAAUUGCCAAUGCGGAAGUUGCAUGCACGACACUACCAAGCAGCGACUGCUUGACACGUUCUCUAUACCCAAGGAUAUCUCGAUCAAAUCACACUGGAUCGAGGGUGAAGGAGAAGAUCCCACAUUCAAGAUUGAGUGGAGUGACGGCCACGAGAGCAGAUACCUGCGCUCUUUCCUGGCUCAAACCACCACUACUGAGGACUUCAAAGCCAUUCAGCGCCAAGGGCUUGUCGAACUCAACCUAUGGGAUUCAAGAAUCGCCUCCAACCCCCCAACACAGGCAUACCACCACGUGAUGAGCCGCGACGAUCCCCAAAAACUUCUGAGGAAGAUCCGUACACAUGGAUUUUGCUACGUCGACGGAACACCUUCUGAAAAUCCUUUGUUCACAAAGAUGUUACUGGAGAGGAUUUCUUUCAUUCGUGAAACGCAUUAUGGGGGCUUCUACGACUUUACUGCGGAUCUAGCAUCAAACGACACAGCAUACACCAACAUCGCCCUCGAAGCUCACACAGACACGACCUACUUCUCCGACCCCGCGGGUCUGCAAGCCUUCCAUCUGCUCUCGCACACCGACGGCGAAGGCGGCGCGAGCUUGCUCGUCGACGGAUUCAAAGCCGCAGAGGAGCUGAGACGAACGGACCGGAAAGCAUACGAGAUCUUGUCCACGGUGAAUGUUCAUGCACACGCAAGUGGAAACGAGGGUAUAAGUAUACAGCCCUACCGCGGUUUCCCCGUCCUAGAACACGACUCCGCCACCGGUGAUCUCCUCCGCGUCCGGUGGAAUUCUUCUGACAGAGCCUCCAUUGAGCUUCCCAUCGAAGAAGUCGAGACGUGGUACGAUGCAGCCCGAAAAUUCGACGCCAUACUCAAGAAGAAGGAGAAUGAGUAUUGGGAACAGCUUGUCCCAGGGAGGGUACUUAUCUUUGAUAACUGGAGGGUGUUGCAUGGGCGGAGUAGCUUUACAGGGAAGCGGAGGAUUUGUGGAGGGUAUGUCAACAGGGACGAUUGGAUAAGCAAGUUUAAGAUGCUAGAGUUUGGCAGCGAAGACGUGUUGAAGGGGUUGGCUGUGAACUAG